GUAGGCGGGAGGGACUACGCGGGAGAGAGAUAUUGAAGGAUGAGUUUCUUAGCAACUACUCCGUCGCCGACGAUUCUCAGUCCGCCGUACACGUUACUGGGCUCCGGCGGGAAAGUAUCCUAUCUGCGACUAGGCAGGGUGGAGGGAUAUCGGCGAGUGACAAUGAGAGGCGGAAGUGAAAAUCGGAAGCCGUUGCAGAAGGGGAGGAACCUCAGCAUCGAAGCAAUUCAAGCGGUACAGUCGUUGAAGCGAGCUAAGAAAGAUUUACAACAAUUGGACCGAGUGUAUGAUUCUAAAAUUAGACGCUUAUUGAAGUUCGAUAUGAUGGCUGUCCUUCGCGAGCUCCUUCGCCAGAACGAGUGUUCUUUGGCUCUUAAGGUUUUUGAAGAUGUUAGAAAGGAGGACUGGUACAAGCCUCAGAUUUCGCUGUAUGCUGAUAUUGUUUCAGUAUUGGCUAGCAAUGGAUUGUUCGAACCAGUACAAAUAAUUCAUUCGUACUUAAAAGCAGAAACUGACCUAGCACCUGAAAUUGAGGGGUUCAACAAUCUUCUGAAGGCUUUGGUUAGUUAUAAUCUAGGGGAACUUGCAAUGGAGUCGUAUUACUUGAUGAAAAAAGUAGGUUGUGAGCCAGAUAAGACUUCUUUCAGGAUUGUCAUAAAAGGAUUGGAAUCAACGACAGAAUCAGUUGAUUUAAGAACUGUGAAGAAGGAUGCACAAGAGCUUUAUGGUGAAUCACUUGAGUUUCUAGAGGAAGAAGACGACCCAGCUACCGGCAUAUCGACGCACUGAGCUGCGGAUGAACUUGUGGCGAGAAAGAUGGUCUGUUUAUGCUUCCUUGGAAGAAACCUGAAAAUUCUAAGAAACUUUCAUUGGAUAUGCACUUUAAUUGUAUACCGGCUUAAGUCAACCCGGGCUUAGCAGAGGAAAUCUGUGAUAACUUUUACGAUUAUGUUGGAUCUCAUGAGUAUUGGAUGAAUUGAAAUCGGUUUACAGUUUACUCUCUUCUCCAUGUUAGUGCUUCGGUUUCUCAAGCUUCUGGAAUCCAAAACCUCCCCUGAUUGGCAGUGUCACUAAUCUAUGCAGAUAAGAGCUGAUCAUCUUGCAACAUACUUCAGCCACUCUGUUGCAAGCAUGAGACGUUCAUCUAAGUCUACUCAAGACAGAAAUAGAAGAGAACAAUCUGAAGUAUAAUGCAAGGUGGUUGUUACAUGAUUUCUUUUUCGUUCCAAAAGUACCGAAUUAUACGUAGUAGAACACAUAAGGUACAAACCCGGUUCGGGAUUGCUGCGUAUUUCUGUAGAAACAUAUAUAGUAAGAUGAAAAGUUAUGUGCGCUUUACGCCCAGACUGCUAACAUUGUGCAGUUUGACUCUGAUAUGAUAAUCUCGAGGUUUAACAUGCCGUUUGCAGGUGCAACGCUGUAGGAAGUAAGUGUUCUUCCACUGCUAGAGGUAACUUCGAACGAGAGAGGUUGCCCAUGAAGAUUGACAUUGCUUUGCCAGUUCUGUCCCCAGUUCCUUGCAAGUGGAAAAUUACACCAACCACCAUAAUCGGAAGAUAGGCCGUAAUUUGGAGGACAGAAGUCGGUGGCUGUUAGAACGACGGUCGGGCUUCCUUGCAAGCACCACAAGAUGUGGUCAACACAUCUAAGCUCAUAGCAAGCUCCACAGUAGCAGAUUUCCACUCUUCAUCCUUAGCCGCAAAGAGAUUGGGUGUUUGCAGAAGAACCAAGUAGAUUACUACAGCUACAAAGGCAGCCAUUAAAGAAGAAUAUAAGGUCUUGAAGAAGCCUGUGCAGUAUGUAUACCUAAAAUGAGGCUUCUCUGAUUGCCGGAGCACUGUCCUGAAAAUAGAAAAACUUUGACAAAUCUCCAAUUUUGUAGCCCUUCGUUCACAUUGGUGGCGCGUUUAACGAGGCUAAGGAAAAGACACGCACCCUGUUCUUAUAUCUUCUAGGCCGCCGUUAAUGGGGGCUCAACGAAGCAAACUUGGAGCCUCCAUUUCUGCCAUUAUCGAGGUAGAACGAAGGGUUUGAGGCUUUAUGAAAAUGGCGGCGGCAGAUACAGAGGCUACAGAGCAGAAAGCCAUGGAAGCCAGGUAUGUGUUCCUUUGCAUUUUAAGAUCCAUGAAUAAAAAGCAGGUUAAGUUAAUAAGAACUCAAAAAGUGGCCUGUCUUGGUUUUGAUUAUUGGACCCGAAUGUGUUUUUAAAAGAGUGGCUUUUGGUGGUUUAA